UUGGUGGAUAUAAGAUAGAUAUUGCAGCAGCUAAAGAAAAAGGAAAGAAAAGGAAAAACAGAGGUUCCCAUGCUGAAAGCUGAGAGAGACAGCAGAGGGGGUAUUGAAAUUGAGAGAGAAGGAGGGUUUAAGGAAAGGGUUUUUAUGUUUAGGUCCACCAACUGUUAGUUAAGAGAUAGAACUCCUUAACCAAACAUAUUUUUUUCAACAACCAAGAAGAAGAUGAAGAUGGAGAAGAAGAAACUGUAAGAAUUUGAAAUAUUACAAUUUCUGGGUUUCAAGGCAAAUAACCUCUGGAAGUUAAAAAGUCUUUUGUUUUAUCUCCAAAAAGAGAGAAAUAGUUACAGUCUUACAGAGAGAAAGAAAAGCUAUCAUGGGAUUAGGGCCAUAGGGUUCAAAGUUCAAGUUGUGUGUGAAUCUCUCACGUGGGGUUUGAAUGGAAAUGAUGGAUUGGAUAAUAUAUGAUUGGUAAAAAAAAAGGAGCAAACAAACAAAGAAAAAAUAAAAGUGAUAGAAUUCAUUCAUUGCUCUGAAUUAUUAUUAUUAUUAUUAUUAUUAUUAUUAUCGUUCAUCUUUUAUUUGGAGCGACAAACAUCAAAGAAUUCUUCUCUCUUUUUUUCUUUUUUGAAGUGUUGGAUUGUUCUUGGGAUCACAAAGUGUUUGGUUUCCUAAGGAAAUUUCCCCUCAUCGGAUCCGGUGGUGUCAUUGAGAAUUCUUUGUUCCCCAUACCUCAAACAACUGUUACUGGUUUCCAGUUUUUUUCUUUAUUUUUUUCUGAAUAUGCUCAAGAUUGUUCAUGAUGGAAGUCUGUUUCGAUUGCUUAUUUCUAGUUAAUUUCGUGACUAUGUAAUUUGACUUGAACCGGAACAAGGAGAGUUUGAAGAAAGAAAGAAAUAUGGCUACUUAUUACACUGGUUCCGACAAUCAAAGAGAUACAGCUCCGAUGAUCUAUUUAAGAGAAUCGACGGUGCCGGGUUCGUAUCUAGAGGGAUCAGUUCUUCCUGGUAAUACGAUGUUGUAUAUGAGUUCAGGGUCCUAUUCCGAUGCAUUUUUUGGGAAUUCUCAGCUGAAAAACAACUGCACCGAGAUUCCAGCCGUCGAAGCUUCUGCUUCGACUUCACAGCAGCAAGGAAUCUUGUCUAACCUCGGGGACCAUGGUUUUGGUGCUUGGAGGGACGAUAGAAAUGAAAUGCUGGCUAUGCAGCCAAUGACUGGUGCUUCCGGCGUCAUUCACAAUGGUCAAAGACUAUCCUUAAGCCUUGGUACCCAUAUCCCUUCUGGAAUUCAAAUCCCUUAUCGGAAUACCGAUUUCGGUUUUUCUGGUGGUAAUCAAGAUUCGAAUAAAGGGGAAUUGUCUGCAUAUGGUAUGUUAACUAUGGCAAGAACUAUUCCUAAUUCCAAGUAUCUCAAGGCAGCACAACAACUGCUGGAUGAAGUUGUUAAUGUUCAAAAGGCUCUCAAACAGCCCGAUGGAGGGAAAAAACGAAACUCGCAAGAAAAUCGGGUGAAGAGUUCCGAUGAAGAUGGGGGAUCGAAGAAUGUGCCUGCAACCCAGCAAGAAUCCUCCAUGAACCCUCCAAAAGAGCUCUCACAUGCUGAAAGACAGGAAUUACAAAGCAAGUUAACGAAACUGUUGUCCAUGUUGGAUGAGGUUGAUAGAAGGUAUAAACAAUAUUAUCAUCAGAUGCAGAUUGUGGUAUCAUCAUUUGACGUGGUAGCAGGGUGUGGAGCUGCUAAGCCGUACACUGCACUUGCAUUGCAGACUAUAUCGUGCCACUUUCGGUGCUUGCGAGAUGCAAUUAACGGUCAAAUUCAGGCAACACGUACAAGUCUCAGCGAGCAGGAUACUUCGGAAAACAGUAAAGACAUGAGGAUUACACGUCUACGUUAUGUGGAUCAGCAGCUAAGGCAGCAGAGAGCUCUUCAGCAGCUUGGAAUGAUGCAACAACAUGCUUGGAGGCCUCAGAGAGGGCUCCCUGAAAGCUCUGUUUCAAUACUUCGUGCUUGGCUAUUCGAGCAUUUUCUUCAUCCCUACCCGAAGGAUUCUGAUAAGAUCUUGUUGGCAAGACAGACAGGCUUGACUAGAAGUCAGGUUUCAAACUGGUUCAUAAAUGCUCGGGUGCGUCUAUGGAAGCCUAUGGUUGAAGAGAUGUACAAGGAAGAAUUUGCUGAUGCAGAAAUGAACUCUAAUUCUUCGUCUGAUAAUGCUGUCAAAGCAACAAAAGGUGAUACAAUGACCUCUAAGGACAGAGGUGAAGAUCUGCAACAAAGUGGGGGCUCAUCGGCGAUAGAGAGACAUAGCAAUGGGCAUUUGAUGGAUUCCAAAUCUGACAAUGUUCAUGACGUAGGCAUCUCGGGAUCAACUCCCGGAGCUAGUUUCCUGAAUGUCACAUGCGGAGAAGCUGAAACCGAGUAUGUAUUACAGAAGCCAAGGGAGGAGCAUAGGCUUACUAUGGGCAACUCUAAUAUCCCCGAUGAAAGUGUUCAUCUGGAUGGUGGUAGUCACCAAUUCAUGGCGGCCACGGCUUACAAUGUUUCGGAAUUGGGGAGGUUUGGCAGUGGAAGUGGUGUAUCUCUCACUCUGGGAUUGCAGCAUUACGAGGAUGGUAGCAUAAGCAUGACAGAUGGAAGCCAUCAUCAAAAUUUCAUUGCAAUGAGAGGGGAUGAAAUGUACAAUCAAAUAACAACUUCGGUAGGAGCCGAAACAGCGGAUUUUGAAUGCAUAAACCCCGGUAAUCGGCAACAAGGGUUCAGUUCCUCUCAGAUGUUACGUGAUUUUGUAGAAUGAUAUGUACUUGGACUGCAGAUUUAAACUUGCAUUAAUCUUCAUAUAUUUUC